AUGUCUGCUUUGGAAUGCCUUCAUUGGCGCAACUUCAACCAGACCUCCGACGACCUGGUUGGAACUGAGGGGAAGAAUGGCGUGCCACGCUAUGACGGCGAGGCGGCGAAGUUGGCCGAGUACAGCUUCCGGGUGAAGAUGAUGGAAGCCCGUACAGCUGCCAUGGACCAGACAGAAGCCAAGAAACUCGGGCCAUUAGGCUUGAGGUUGAUCGAAGGACUUCGUGGACAAGCUCUACAAGUCGCCAAAGGACUAGAUGUGAAGAAGCUGGCAACUGACGAUGGACCGACCUUGCUGGUGGACACGCUCUACAAAGCCUUCAAGCCUCGAAGAGAUCAAGAAGCUCGUGAGCUCUACAACGCAGGAGCUCAGACCAACGGUGUGUUGUCCAGGCAACCUACUGAAUCUAUGACGUCUUUCUGCCUGAGGAGACGGACUUGGUAUGCCAUGCUGCGCGACCUUGACGACUCCCUGCAGCUGCCUGACAACCUGUUGGCCGAGCAGACUCUGGUGUGCGCUGGGCUGAACUAUGAUCAUCAGCUGAUGAUCCGCACUGCACUUCAAGGACGAAUCACGGUCAACUCUGUCAUGGAUGAGUUGAUCGCUCAGCACAGCCGCAUCCACGAGAUCGAGGCGAGACGUGGUGGUGACUUCAGUCAUGGACGAGGACGUGGAAAAGGCAAUCGUUACCCCUCUCGAUUGCAGAAACCCUGGCAGUCAUACCACGCUGAAGAUGAUGGAGAAUGGCAUGGAGAAUCAUGGGACAACUCAUCGCAAUCGCUGGGUGGCUAUGAAGAUGAAGCCCAAUCCAGCUACUAUGGAUCGACGAUGAGCACCUAUGAUGGGGAGAACUACAACACUGAGGAGCACUACGAGGAUGCGGACCCCUACAUCGACUCCUAUGCCAAUCUUGUGGAGUAUGGCUUGGACGAGCACAACACCGAGGCCCUGGACUAUGCCGCCGAGAUCAUCCAAGCUGAAGGUGAGAUCUACUUCGCCCACAAGCGAGCACAACAUGCAGGACUUGCUGGAUUUGGAGGAUUCGUGGACAAGGGCAAGAGCAAAGGCAAAGGCAAAAGCCGUAUGACCAACGAUGAGAAGAAGGCAAGAAUCGAAGCUUUGAAGAAGCGAACUGUCUGUCGCCGAUGUGGACAGACAGGCCAUUGGUCUACGGAUGCUGUUUGUCCGAAGAACCGACAAGGUUAUGGCAAGGGAGCUGGACCGAACUCACCGACUUCUUCUGGAGGUGGAAGUCCGAAAGGUGGCAAAAGCCCUGGAAAAGGAUCUCCGAAGCCCCGCAUGGUCUACUUCACUGUGAAUGAGUACACUGGCUACAAUGGUGAUGGAUCGGAGAAUGCGGAGUCCUACAUGGCUGUCAACCCUACACCUGGUGGACGAGAGCUGACUGCUGAUGAGAUGUUGGAUCAAGCUCUUGCAGAACAUCAUGCAAGGCAAUUGGCUGCAGCUGCUGCCGCGACCAACCCUCAUGCUCUUCCUGGUGGACUUCCUGAACUACCUGUACAUGGUGGAGUACCUCAUCAAGCUGUUGCCCAACCUGCUGCUCUUCACCCUCAUGAACUGCCACCGGAUAUGCAGCUGGUGCAUCACCGUGCAGCCGAGCACUUGGUGCCAGUUCCUGAGGAUGACAUGGACUAUGACGACAUGACGCCUCCCUUCACUGCUUUUGGACAGCAAGUUGCUCUACAACCUGCACCGGCUACACCAAUGAGAAUGCCAACACCUGCAGCGACGAGCCCAACGCCCACUGCAAGAUCUACAUCUGCUGAGGUUUUCUCUACACCGCCUUCUGGACCUGCUGAACGUGAAUGUGAGCACAAGAGAACUACGAAGCAAGGAUCGAAUGCCCACACCUUGCGUGAGAAGUGCUUGGACUGUGGAAAGCUGCUGAAGUCUGAAGCAAGAGAAGCUGCCGCUUCCAUGGAGACAAGAGAUCGGAAUGAAUGCCCGCAUGUGAGAAAGGAUUUCCGUGGGACUACUGGCACGAGCUGGAAGUGGACAUGCAAAGACUGUGGAGAAUCCAGGACUGGCCACAAGCAACCUGGACAGACUGGAGAAGCUGCUUGGAGAGCUUAUGACACGUCGACGCCACCGUCGUUGCCUCCUAUGUCAAGCUCUGGCUACACUCCCAGUCCGGCUUCACCGCAUGCCACUGAUGAGCCAGGCCGGGUGAUCGAACUCAUGCAGAUUGCCAUCGGUGUCCAGUAUGACCUGACGAACCAAAAUCCCAUCGGUGCGGAGCAGCUGGAUGUGAUCUACAACAAGUGCCGGAAUCGAGUCUAUGGCACCAACUUUGACCCGACGGCAUCGAUGUCAAGAUCUGGAACUACAUCCCACCGAUUUUCUCCGACGACAGUGACUGCGACUUCACCACCGCGACCAAGAUCAACCGCUUCAUCGGCGCCGCCUUCACCGACGCCAUCAAGGACUUCUGUGGCAAGCAGUUCUUCCUAUGUGGCACGAGAUGUCAAGGCCGAGGAGCUGGAGCAAUGGGAAGAUGAGACACUCAAGAGUGGUGCGCACAGUGGAGUCCGAUUUGGAAUUGUCAGAAGUGGUGACCGACGCUAUUGCGCCUUCAUCGUCCAGAAGUACCAGACUGGUGGACUCAGAGAACCAAGCCUGAUCGAAUUUGCUCGCUACCUCAUCUUGAUGGAUCAGCGCCAAGGUGAUGCUUCCUUUAUGGCCAUACAUGGAGAAGGACUACCUGAAGACAGCAUGCUUGCAGUCAUUGACACUGGCUGCAACAACACCUGCCAUGGAUCAAGGUGGUUCGACUCCUACCAGAAGAUGAUGAACCUCGACAUCCCCUUGGAGCAGACCACCGGCAACUACUUGGGAGUUGGUGGAAAGAUCAAGGUGAAGGGACAGCGACGUAUUCCUGUGGUCUUCCAGCUGAAGGAUGGUGGAGAAGGACAUGGAACAAUUGUCUCAACGGAGCUGGAGGAGAGCGAUGCCCCACUUCUGUUGAGCACACGUGCACAACGAGCACUUGGCCUCACCAUCGACUUGGGCGACCAUGACGAGGAUGUCAACAUCUACAGCAAGACUAUGAAUGGAGAUUUGGAGGUGAUCAACCGCGGUGGACUACCUGCUCUUCGACUUCUUCCUGGUGAACAUCGAGAAGGAGACUACGUCUUCCACUCUGACGUGAACGAGACUCCUGUGUAUGUGGACACCGAGGAGGAAUCCACCAACGACGGCGAUUCACCAAAAGCUGAGAUUGAAGAGGAGGACACGCUGGGCUAUCUUUCCUUGGAGGAGUGUUCCAUCAAGGCCAUGACAAAGGGCCAGAAGAAGAAGCUGCAGCAAUCUUUGGAGACUGUGGAGAAGGAGGACGCAGCCUUGUGGUCUACUUUGAGAUCAGAGAAGCCAAUCAAACCUGGAGCUUCUCGACGGCUUUUGAGCCGUGGCUGUGGCACUUUCCUCAUGGAGAUCUUCGCAGGAGCUGCUACUUUGACUUGGAUGGCCGCUUCCUGGGGAUUGCCUGUGUCCGAACCCAUUGACUGCCUCUACAACUAUGACCUCCUGAAGCCCGCACAUCGAGCUGAGGUUGAACGAAGGAUUCAGGUUGAAGAUCCAUUCCUGCUGAGUCUUGCGCCCAUUUGUGGACCUUGGAGCACUAUGCAACGGAUCAACUUGGCACGUGGUGGAGAAACUCAAGCCAAGAUCUUGGAAGAUCGGAAGAAAUGGUACCCUGUGAUCCAAUGGAUCGUCAACUUGAUCAAGGACCGACUUGGCAAAGGUCGAGAAGUGAUCCUGGAGAGCCCGUACUAUGGACUUCUAUGGGAGCUCAAGUGCAUCGACGACCUCAUGGCCGAGAACCCGGAGAAUGCCCUGACCGGCGAGCACUUGGAACUGAUGCACAUUGACCAGUGCCAAUAUGGACUUCGAGACCCCAGCACAGGACUUGCUCUUCAAAAGGCAACUGGCCUUCUUACUGCAUCUGAAUGGAUGAAACUCCGACUUCAACGACGUUGUGGAAAAGACCAUCAACAUCGACCUAUUGAAGGCUCCAACAUCAGCAAGACUGCCGAACAAUGGCCUCCUGAACUUUGCGAACAAAUUCUUGGAGGAGCUCUGGAUGAGAUGAUCUAUGGCAACCUCAACAUGGCCUUCCCGGCGGAGCUGGAGGUUGAAGAACAUCAAGAACAAGGACCAUUGGAUGGAGUUUUCAAUCCAGAUGAUCUUGCUCCAAUACCAAAGCGACGAAGGACUGAUGACCCUGACUUCGUGAUGGAGGAAAAGAUGCAGGAGGAUGCAACUAUGGCUGACAUGCCUGAUGUGGCUAUGAAACAAGAAGAACAUCGACGACAGAAUUGGCUGAAACUGCCCAGAGAGAAGCGAUUAGCUCUGAGGAGACUUCACAACAUGACAGGCCACUGCUCUCACGCUGCGAUGACACGCAUGCUCAAGGCAUCUGGCAGCGAUCGAGAUGUGAUCCAAGCUGUGAAGUUCUUCCAAUGUCAAGUCUGCGCUGAGACUGCCAAGGAGGAGAAAGCCAAUGUCACCAAACCACCAAGGCCAGCGCACCAACAGCGUUUCAACUAUGAGGUGUCGGCUGACGUGUUUGAAGUACAUGAUGCCGCUGGAGCCCGACACAGCGUUCUUUCACUGGUGGAUGUUGCCACCAAAUUUCAUGUGGCUGGACGAGUUGGUGGUGGUGGUGUUCCUAGCUCAAGGAUCUGUGCCCAGAUGAUCAACACCACCUGGCUUUCAUGGGCAGGAGCGCCUGACUACUUCGUUUGUGAUCAAGGAGUACACAACAGAGGAAAGGUGGCACAUCUGCUUGAGGCCCAUGGCACGACCAUCAGACAAACUGCUGCCCGUGCGCCAUUUCAACUUGGAGUUGGAGAAAGACACGGAGGACUACUCAAGGAGAUCAUGAAGCGUGUGAUUCAUGAACGACAACUUCAAGGAGCAGAUGACAUCGCCGCACUUUGCAGCGAGGCCGCCAAGGUGAAGAACAGCCUGCUUAACCAUGCUGGCUACACGCCUUCCCAAUGGGUCAUGGGUUUCAUGCCCGAGGACAAGACAAGCAUUUUCAGCUGCGACUUCGAUGAGAACAUGGGUGUCCAUCAGAACUUGGUUUCAAUGGAGGAGGAUGAAAGGGGACCCCAAGAUGUUUUCCAGAAGCAGCUGUUGCUCAGGCAAUUUGCCAAACAGGCUUACAUGGAAGCCGACUCUUGUCAGAAGAUCCGCAAAAGUCUUCUGAGGAAAAGCGUUCCUAUGAGAGGACCGUAUCAACCUGGUGAUCUGGUUUCAUUCCUCAAGAAGGAUCGAUGGCUGGGACCUGCACGAGUUCUUGCAAACGAAGGACGAUCAAGUCUCUGGCUGGUGCACAAUGGUGUCACCGUUCUGGUUGCUGAGACAGCUUGCCGACCAGCAACAAGCCAGGAGAUUCUCAAGAAGCACGUCUUGGAGCUUCGCCCUUCACGCAAGCGGAAGCGCAUGCUCUACCUGGACGAGCUCGAUGAUGAUCCAAUGCCCUUCGACGAGGACUUGGUCACCGCCCAGAACCUACGUGAUCCAGGCCAAUCGCCAUAUGCAGAUCUACAAGAAGAUGAUUCAGGUCGGACUGUGGCACCCCGACUUGGUGCACCUGGACCAUCGGACAGCCUACAAGGUGGACUUUUUCAACAUGGUGGACUACCUGUACCUCCUGGACUUCCCGCACAAGCUGUUGGACCACCUCCUGGACUCGAUCUUCCAGAAGAGAUGGAUGGUGAUCCUGAAGUAUCAUCACCGGUUGCGGGACAACAGCAACAAGAAGUUCCCACCGCGGCGCAACCCAGUCCACCGGAACCAGAGGUCACUCCGGCAACAAGUACCUCUGCUGUCGCUGCCGGGCACACUCCAUUGCCAGCAGGUGAGCCGACAACGACUUCUUUAAGUCAGGCCCUGCGGAGGAGUCCGGAUCUGCUUGACGGCCAUUUUUCGAGAGGUUCACAGAACCGCUCCAUGUACAGCUUCCUGGCCAACCGCUCCGAGAACAAGAAGCGCAAGGUCAAGAAGAAACCACAGAAAGCUGGAGCCGGAAGAGAGCUGAACUUUGAGAAGGAAGACGACGCGGUGAAGAAGGAGCUGAUCCAAGCAAGGAUCAAGGAAUGGAACAAUUGGGUCAAGUACACCGACGUCAAGGCCAUUAGCAAGGAUGAGUUGGAGAAGCUGAAGAAGGACAACCCGACCUUGAAGGUCAUCCCAACGAGAUGGGUGGAUGUGAACAAGUCAGAGAUUGACGAGGAGCCUCGAUACAAAUCCAGGCUGGUUGUCCGAGGUGAUUUGGAAAACGCUACCUCUAUGAGGACAGAUUCUCCAACGGCAUCUACCACUAUGCUGAACUGCGUGUUCGCUCUUUCAGCUUGCAAGCGAACAUCCCUCCGAGCAGGAGACAUCUCUGCAGCCUUUCUUCAAGGCAGUACCCUCGACCGCAUCUUGGUACUCUCAAAGCCAAAGGGCGGAAUUCCCAGCGAUGAUGGGACCAUCAACUAUGAGGAGGAGUACUACAUCGUUUCUUCCACCGUCUACGGAACGAAAGAUGCUCCCCGAGGAUGGUUCAAGGUCUUGGAUGGGACUGUGAAGGAAGAAGGUUUCAAACAAGUGCCAUUUGAGCCAGCCGCCUACACCCUUUUGGAUGAUGAUGGGCAACUGGCAGGCAUGAUGGUUGUUCAUGUUGAUGAUAUGAUUUGGACUGGCAACCAGUUCAUCAUGGACAAGAUGGACCGUAUUUGCCAGAAGUUCAAGUUUGGCAAGCUGGAGAUUGACGAGUUCAGAUUUUGUGGAAGAGAUGUGAAGAGAACAGCUGAAGGCAUAUCCAUUACAUGCCCCACGCUGAUCGAAAAGGUCAAGCCCAUUUACCUUUCAGUUGGUGACAGGCGAGAACCUUCCAAGCCUGUGACAGAAGACAUCCGAUCCCAAUUGCGCAGCAUCAUUGGAUCCCUGGCAUGGCUUGCACGAGUGUGCCGCCCUGAUUUGAGCUACGCUGUCUGCCGCAUGCAGAGCACCGUGCACACUGCCACCAUGGACGACGUCAAGUACGCCAAUGGUGUUAUCCGCUACGCCCAGAAGACGAAGGCCAAGGGACUAUUCUAUCCAUCUGGCUGCUUUGACUUCAACAACCUCAGGAUUGUGGCCGUGCAGGACGCCUCCCACGCUGCUGACUUUGAUGUAAGUGGAUCGGGGAAAAGAUUGGGACAUCGCAGCCAAUCUGGCCGACUUCUCUUCCUGGCCGACAAGAGCUUUCAGACAUCCCGAAAAGGUAUCUUGCUACCGAUCGAAUGGCAUUCCACUGUCCUGAAGCGAGUAUGCCGCAGCACGCUACAGGCUGAAACACUCAGCCUACUUCAUGGAGCUGAAGAAGCUGACCACCUACGCUUCUCCCUCUAUGGACUAUGGCAUCCUGAUGGACGUGGACAAGAUUGGGAAGUGGCUGCCCAAGACGCAAUUGGCGUCGACUGGUUCACUGAUUGCCGAUCCCUGUGGGAGCAUUGCAAUCAAUCUGGUGCGAGCGUGGUCUCCGACAAGAGACUGGCCAUAGACCUCUCCCAAAUCCGACAACAUGUUUGGCGAGCACCUGGCGAACUGGUGGGCGACCCUCUCCUCACCGACCACAUCCCUGGAGAUGCUACAACCAGGCUUUUGUGGACGAGCACAGAUCGCAUGGUAGCAGACCCCUUAACAAAAGGGAUGAAGCAUGAUGGGCUGGAUUCAGUCAUGCGCGGCCAGUCAAUCGAUUUAACACCUACAAAACUUAAGGCAUGUGAAACUGAAGGUGACAUCCAGGUCAACAUAGGACUGGAAGUCACGCAACCUGUUGCGCGAGCUGCGCUAAGAAGGAGUUUGACACCAAAAUUGAGGUCAGGUGAGUUCCAAGGUCCGGCGGACGUUGAGCCGUUGAUUUGCGAGGAAGAUGUUUGCCCCAAAGAAGAGAAAGUGCUGAAGAAGGAGCUUCCCGACUUUUGCGAAGGAUCCGAGUGUACCGUCGACGAGUGCUGUGAUCCGAAGCCGAAAAGUGCUUCUCAGAUGUGGCUUGAUGCACUGGACCUGGGGGACAUGCAACGAUGA